AUCGCUAUUACCGAUAACUAGGAAUUCUUUUUGUAUGUUAAUAACGAGAUGUGGUGUUCUUUGUUAGGACUAAUUGUAUCCACAAUAGUAAUUUCGGUCAACGCCCAAGGCUGCCCUGGUGGUUGGCUUCACCAUGGAAGCUCAUGCUACGCCUUUAUUGACUCUGAACCUGACGGAUGGUUAGAAGCCAUGUUUUUUUGUAGUUCUGUUAAAGCAAAAUUGGUUGAAAUAGAAACGGAAUCUGAAAAUACAUUCUUAAAAAGACAUUUGCAGGCAAUUGGAACUCCACAUAAUUCAAGCUACUGGAUUGGACUUUCUGACAUAAUACAGGAAGGAGCUUAUGUCUGGCAGACGACACAACAGCGACCGGAUUUUGCGGACUGGGGCUCGGGUGAACCGAAUGACCUUCAUCACAAUGAAGACUGUAUUGAACUGUACCAAGUGAAAAAUUUUCAUUGGAAUGAUGCCCCGUGCAGUGUCAAGAGCAGAUUUAUUUGUGAAAUUACGUAA